AUGGUCAGAAUCCUUGCCGUCGUUGCUGCUGUCGCAGUCGUGGUUGCUCCAGCCGCCGCCGCCAAUUGCAAACCUGGUCUUCGAUACUGCGGCUACGUACUUAUUCAGACAGGGCUAUACUAUGACCAAAUCGUCGAGGCUCUUGAGAAGGUCGGCUCGCCUGUCGACGCGGACCACGUUCUGCAAUCGCUGUUCUUCUGCGACGGGGGCAAGCACGGAGAUAUCCACCAAAUCGAAUACUGUAGCAAUAUUUGUCGCAAUGGUGGCGCCAACAACAACGAUUAUUGCAAGGCUUAA